AUGCAACCUAUCAAGGAAGCAGAGAUUGAGGCCUUUAGGAAGAAACGGAGAACCAAGCGGCAGGAGAGUGAACUAGAUUCAUCCAUCAUGCCAUACACAUAUCUAAUGAAAGAGGAUCUAAACAUGCGGACCCAGCUACAUGAUGGUGGAUACCGUUAUGGGGCUAUGACAACCAAUGUCUCAAAGUGCUUCAAUGGAGUACUGAAAGGUGCCCGUGGUCUACCCAUUGCUGCAAUGGUUGAAUUCACUCAUUGCAAACUUGUUGCGUAUUUCCAUGAUCAACACAAAGAAAUUACUCAUGAUCUCUCACAAAGCAAGGUAUGGAGUAAAUAUGCCUUAAAAAUCUAUGGACAAAACCUACAAAAAUCUCUUGGCCACCAUAUAAAUGCGUUUAAUUAUGUAAAUGGUAUAUAUCAAGUAAUUACUGCAUACAACAUCCAUAGCUCUGGAGGGGGACACCAUAGUCAUGAAGUAAACCUAAUGGACAGAACAUGUCAUUGUGGAAAGUGGCAAAAUCGAAAGAUCCCUUGUUCACAUGCAAUUAAAGCUCUUCAGCACUUAGGGCAAGAUGCGACUACAUAUAUUGACCCAUGUUAUAGUUUGAACAACGCCAUUCUCACCUACUCACAUGCAUUUGUGGUGCCAAAGUCAGAGUUAUUGUGGAGGGAUGUGGACGGUCCAAAGUGGGUGCCUGACCCAAACUUGUUGCGGGGCAAAGGUCAACUUGUGGCGUCUAGGAUACGAAAUGAGAUGGAUGGGGUUCGGCGAGAACCAGGAAGCCGGAGGCCAGAUUCUGACUUAAGGGAGAUUCAACAAAAGCAAAGCUGUGAACUGUGUCAUCAACAUGGGCAUAACCGUAGAAGAUGUCCACUUUCCCGUGGGGUUUCAACAAGUAGUAAUGAUCCGAACUAG